UAUAAAGAACAGCCAAAUCUCUAACUCACAAUCCACACAAUCCGUUUGCUUCUAUUUAAGACCCAUUUCUCUCUUCAAUCACACAGUAGAACACAGCAAUGUCAGGCGGAGCAAAGGUGUUGUUGGUGGCGGUGGUCAUUGCCAUGGUGGCGAGCGUAUUCCUUAAAACGGAGAGUGCAGUGACUUGUCAGUUGGUAGUGAGUAGCCUAACUCCAUGCACCAGCUUCCUGAUUAAAGGAGGUCAUGUGCCUAAAGCAUGCUGUAACGGGGUAAAGUCACUGUAUAAGGACGCAGACACAGUUACUGAUCGCCAGACAGCCUGUCGAUGCAUGGAACAAGCAGCAUUAAUGCUCCCUGGGAUUAACAUCGAUCAUGCUACUGACUUACCUGGGAAAUGCGACGUUUAUAUCCCUUACGAAAUCAGCCCUCUGUUCAACUGCUCCACUGUACAAUAGAAGUAUGACUAUAGGCGAAGGAGGACGUAUAACACUAUAGCGUGAUGAAUAAUAACUAAAGGCGAAGUUCCAUUAGUCUAAGCUAGCUAGAAUCCACUAGCUAUGUUGUUACGACUUACUAGUAGUGUUUUCUUCUUUAAAAACUUGCUUUCUCUAUGAAAAAAUAUAUAUAAAUAUAUAUUCCAUUGUGUUAUAUCAAUUUCCG